AUGCUAGUCACUUGGCUUCGUAGUGCUGGCUCAAAAAUGGGACCAAUAUUUUUGCGCAUUUUAAUGAUAACAGCCGUUUCUAUCUAUGCUGUUUUUGGUGCUCUUGUAUUGUCACAUUUGGAAACUUAUCAAAUAGAUCAGUUUUCAAAUUUUAUAUCACAAAAUGAUGUUAUUCAAACUUCCUCUCAUAUGGAAAUGAUGAAUAAUUCAUCUGUUGAAGCAUGGCCAUUUGUUGAUUCGUUAUUAUUUGCAUUUGCACUUAUUACAACAAUUGGUUAUGGUAAUAUUACGCCGAAAACUUUUGGCGGACAAAUGUUUUGCAUAUUUUUUGCUGCAUUUGGUGUACCAUUGACAUUACUUACAAUUGCGGAUCUUGGCAAAUUUAUUUCACAAAUUAAUGGAACAAAUGAAAGCAUGGAAAUGAAUGAUAAUAAUGAACAAUUGAAUCGAACAUUAGCUCUUAUCGUACUCUUUAUCAUUUAUGUUAUCGCUGGCUCAUUAUUACUUAGCAGCUACGAACCUGAAAUGCCAUUUUUUACCGCUAUAUAUUUUAAUUUCAUAACAUUAACAUCAAUUGGGCUUGGUGAUAUUGUUCCACAAAGGCGAACUUAUAUGGGUAUAACUAUUCUGUACAUAAUUGUUGGUUUGGCACUUACAACAAUUGCUAUUGAAAUUGCCGCGGAUACAUUAACGAAAUUGCACUAUUUUAGACGAACAAUUAAAAAUGUCGGCGAUAUUCAUAUUUGGUUCGGUGGCAAAAGAUUAACUGUUCGCCAGCUAAUUCGUAAUUUGUGUGAUCAGUUCAAUGUGCCUGAUACCGCAUUAUCUGGCUUCAAUAUCAAUAAUUUUGUGGAGCAGGCAAUCAAAGUUGAAGCUGGCGAACGACUUCCAUUAAGGAAUGCAACAUCGCGACAGGAAAUUAAUGCUGGUGAGAAAAAUGAAGUUUCCACGGUAGUCUCUAAACCAUCAUGGACAGAAUCUGAGAUUAAAUCCGAACAUGAACCAGAAUCAGAUCAUGUAUCAGAAAUUACACCCAUAUCAGCGCAAGAAUUGGAACCUGAGCCUACACCCGAGUAUGAAUCAGAACCUGAAGCAGAAGAAAUUCUUUCAUGCGAACCGACACCUCCACACUCUAAUUCCACAGUUACUGAACCAACACCAAUAAUUGUGGAAUUAGAGCCUAUACCAGAUCCUGAAUCGUAUCUGCUAAAGGUGUCGCAAGAAAUGGAAAAAAUUCCAUAUUUACCUGAAAUUCCCGAACCAGAACCGAUGCCUCUUAUUGAGUCAGUGCCAGAAACAUCUGAAAUUUCGGAAGCAACAGAGGAAUCAGAUUUAGAACAAGAAACAUCAGCUGAGCCGGAAAACGAUAUUGCCAUGGAAAAAUUAAAAGAUGAUGGAGUUGUACGUCGAAAAGGUUAUAGCGAGGAAGCCUGGAAGCGUUAUCAGGAAUAUCAGAAUGAAUGGAGUAAGUUUCGGCGUCUUUCACAUACUCUUUCACGCAAUGGUCACCAGAAACGUAUAAGAAAACCGCGGAUUGCAAAGCUUCCAGAUUUUUCGCAUUAA